AUUCACCUAAUAUUACUUUUAAUGAAUCUACUAUAGAACGUAUAAAACCAAAACAAGCAUUCAGGUUUCUAGGAUGCUGGUUUUCAAUAUCAAAAAAGCAAACUCCAAUAUACAAUAUAAUUAAAACAGAAACUGCAAAUGCUCUAACAAAACUCAAAAAAGCAAAAAUCUCUGACAAGCAAACAAUAUACAUAAUCAACGCCAUCAUCUUUACCAGAAUCAGUUACAGGAUACAGAACACAGCCUUGCUACCUACUGUAUAUACUCACAUCACCAAUAUUUACACCAAUCUUGUAAAACACAAAGCAGGUCUUGCUACAUCAAUCCCAAACUUAACAAUAUUUCACAAUGCAAUAUAUGCUCUAAAAACAAGAGGAUAUUCAAAACCAGCAACAUAUCUAUCUUAUUCUAUACCAACUCAACCAUCCAGAGUUCAAUACAUCAACCUUCAAAAUUAA